AUGGCGACUGAUUCAAAUAUUAAUAUCACUUCCGCAUCUCUACGAGGCAGUCCUUCUGAUCGCAUCAUCAAACCUCGACCUCGGAAAGAUUCGCUGCAAUCUAUCUCCGGUUCCGACACCCAUCCGGGUCGGGUCGUGAAGCCUCGUGCUCGAAAAUCUCCCGGCUCUGGGGCAAAACGGUCAGAACCUGCUAAGCGCAAGUUUAUUUGUUCUUUUUCCCACUAUGGGUGUGACGUUGCUCUCAGUUCCAAAAAUGAAUGGAAGAGACAUGUCUCCAUUCAGCAUUUGCAACUCGGCUUUUAUCGCUGUGAUGUUGGUUCAUGUAACCCUGACUUGAACCCCAACGUUCCCGGUCAUAAACGCGUCUACAAUGACUUCAACCGAAAGGAUUUGUUCACUCAACAUCAUCGACGAAUGCACAAACCCGAGUCCGGCCCUGGCUCGGUACCAUUCCCUGCCAGUAAUGCAGAUGCCAAGGAUUGGAGAGCCUUCGAGGACAGCCUUGAAGAUGUCAGAAGUCGUUGCUGGGUUGAAAAGCGCAAACCUCCACAGCGAAGCACUUGCGGUUUCUGCGGCAGAGUCUUUGAAGGUGAUGGCAGUUGGAAUGAACGCAUGGAACAUGUUGGUGGUCAUUUUUCACGUGACAUUGUUGAAGCCAAGGAAGAACGAGAGGAUGAAGACUUGACUAACUGGGCCGUUGCUGAAGGUAUCAUCAAGGACGGUGGCAGCGGUCGUCAUGUUCUCAUUGAUCAACCUCCAACCGCUGGCGAGAGACCUUACAUGUCCAGAGAUCGAGAUGUCACCAUGACAGAUGUCCCCAGCUCCGACACUGCUUCACGCGAUCCUGAACAAUCUCCCUCGUUGAGUGCUUCAUCUCGGAACAAAGACUCUGAAUUCUACAAAAGUGAUAGUCCCCGUGACUCUCGUCGUCUCAGCAGUGCUUUGAGCUCUGAUGGCACUCCACGACCUACCUCUGCCGUUCCUCUGCUACAACCUUCUCCCAAUCUGAACUCGGGCACUCAGACCGCUACUGCUCAAUAUGGCCCUGUCACUGCUCCUGUCCUUGCACCUGCACCAUCUCCAAGAUCUGGUCAGCCUCCUGCAACGCCACCAAGCCGAGGGUAUAAUCUGGCUCCACCACCACUCGGCGCUGCCAAGGCACCAGGCUCUCCAACUUCCGCAACCGUCCCAGCAGAUGGAGGUAGUGGCGAUAGACUCGAGGAUCUGAUCAAUCAAUUGAUCAGACCUAAACCACCAAAAUCUCAUCGACGAUUGACCUGGAAAUGUGACUGUGCUUUGGAAAUGUCGGUUGACAUCGAUGAUGCUGAUAGACAAGUCAUCGAGAACCUCCAAGAUAUCAGCAUUGUUUGCAGCAAGACACCCAGUCCAUAUCUCAAAACCAACAAGAAUGGAAAAUAUCAUGUUGUUGCCUGUGAUGAAUUGGCCACUUACAUAUCAAAUCAAUCAGUUGAGCAACACAAUCGCCCAAAUGACGUCACUGUAUCUUGA